AUGUCCAGAGAGUUCCGAGGUGAUGACCAUGAGCCGACUUGGGAGGAGGUGAAGGGCCUUCUUGCCGACCCUGAGGCCCCAGUAGAGAAGCGGUACCGCGCUCUCUUCUAUGCCCGGAGCCGGGAUGAUUCUGAGGCGAUUGAGGCUCUUUAUAAGGUCUUGGAGCCCGAGACCAAAUCGGUGCUUCUUCGACACGAGGCGUGCUAUUGCAUCGGCCAGAUGGAGCAUGGCUUGGAAGGUGCGUGGAAGCUCGAGAACGUUAUGGAUGACGUUAACGAGCAUCCCAUGGUGCGUCACGAAGCCAUUGAGGGCCUUGCCGCUUGUGGCUCCGUCGAUUCCCUUGACAAGAUUCGUCCCUAUUUGACUCAUGAAAACGAGGCAAUUCGGGAUACCGCUACCUUAGCCGUCGAGUCUCUCGAAAACCUCAAGAGGACUAAGGACACCGAUGCUCAGCGUAGUGAGUUCAACACUGUCGAUCCGAUCGGGUCCAAGGCCCGCCAACACGCCACGAAGACCGAGGAGGCCGCUCAGCGUCUCAUGGACCCCAAGGCCAAGCUCUCUGAUCGCUACGCGGCUAUGUACCAACUACGUGCUGCUACUCUGCCCGGCUCAGUGUCUCCCGAUCCGGAAGCUCUGAAGGCAUUGGCGCGAGUGUUGAGGGAGGACCACACCUCAGCUUUGAUGAGGCAUGAGCUCGCCUUCGUCGUAGCCCAGGUUGCUUUCGACGCUGAUAAAGAAAUGACUCUUUCUAGUGUCCAAGCCCUCAUCGACUCUGUGAAGGAUAGGGAAGAGGCCUGCAUGGUUCGACAUGAGUCAGCUGUGGCCCUGGGCUCUGUGGGUGGCGAGGUCGCCACCAAGUUCCUUAGGGACUACGUCCAGAGGCCUAUCGACCACAACGAGGACGAAGCUGUAGUGAUUGAGAGCUGUAAGGUCGCGCUUGACGCCAUCAACUUCUGGUCGGAUAUGACGACCACUGGGACUGAGGAGGAGGAGGAGCCCGCAGUAGCAGCUACCACUGCCUGA